AUCAUCAAUGGGGAGCUUGGGGGAUGAUGAAUUCGAACAGCUUGUGAUAGAUUACAUAGAAUCUCCGGUGGUCGAUCAUCGGAAAAAGUCUCCGACACCACUUUCUCCUCUUCUCUCUCUCAAGGAGGUGCUUGGCAACGUGCAUGAAGAUGAGAGAGAGAUUAUGCAGAAGAUAGCGGCUUAUAGCAAGAGAAAGAAAUUGCCAUAUGAAGGAGACGACGAGAAGAGAGAGAUGAUGAAGAAAUUGGUCGCUAAGCUCAAAUCCGACGGCUACGAUGCUUCUCUCUGCAGAACUUCUUGGGAUUCUUCUUUCGAUCGCCGUGAAGGUUGUCAAGUGUUCAAGUUCAAGGGGAAGUACGAGUACAUAGACGUGAUAACGACAACGAGUGCUAACGGUGAAACAAAACCCAGAAAACGUAUAAUCGUUGAUUUGGAUUUCAAAUCACAGUUCGAAGUGGCGAAACCUGCAAAGGCAUACAAAGACAUAACUCAGAUUCUUCCCGUCGUGUUCGUUGCGACAGAGGAGAGGCUCAAGAAGGUUGUGUCUUUGGUUUGUUCCGCGCUGAAACGGUCGAUGAAAGAGGAAGGAAUGCACUUGCCUCCGUGGAGGAAACCCGAUUACAUGCGAUCCAAAUGGCUGUCCGAGAAUCGGAAGACAUAA